UGAAAAGCACAACAAAUGUUGCGGUGAGAGUAUUUUGUUGUUUUGAUGAUGGAAGAACGGACAGAACCUGGCAGCUUGGCAGAAAGUUACAAACAAAAUGGCUACAUACUGAAGUCUGACAUACUAUCUAAAGAUGAAACUGAAGUCUAUCUGAAAGGUUUCCUUGACUACGAGAGCCGUUUGGGAGGAAAAGUUACAGGAGCCUAUCGAUUUAAAGCUCAUCUACUGUUACCAUGGUUAUAUGACCUUGUAACCCAUCCCAAGGUCGUGAAUCUUGUAUGUCAGCUUCUUGGACCUGAUGUUGUCUGCUGGUCAACAGAUUUAUUUCCAAAAGACCCUGGAACUGGCAAGUCCUGUGGAUGGCACCAGGAUUCAACUUACAUAGGUAUGGAGCCCCCUGAUGCCUUGACUGUUUGGGUAGCUCUUACCGAUUCUAACAAAAUGAAUGGCUGUGUGGAAUUCUCCUCAAAAAGUCAUCUAAAGGGACAGUUUGAACACACAAACACGAUGUCAGACAAAUCUAUGCUGUUGUACGGCCAAGAGAUUCCGGUAGAGGUGGACCGAUCUACUGUAGUCCUUGCAGAGCUGAGUGCUGGUCAAGCAUCUGUCCAUCAUGUAAUGACUGUUCAUUCCUCUGGACCAAACAUGAGCAAAACACGACGGAUAGGUGUAGCCCUACGGUACUGUGGUGCAUAUGUGAAGCAAAAGGCAGAAAUUGGAGAUUCUGUUACUCAUGUGUGUGGGAAAGAUCAUGGAAAUUUCACUCUUGAACCCCCACCUGCUCAGAUAUUUGGUGAGAAUGAGGUCAACGCACACCAGAAAGCAUGUGGCCCAAUUGGACCCGAGGACUUGAUCGCUGUCAAAUGAUAUCACACAGAAUUCAAAAUCACAACUUCUAAAAGCAGAUACUAUUAUUUCUCAUAGUGAUAAAUGGUUCUCUUAUGUUCAAGACAGAUCUAGAUGGUAAUUUGUUUCUUAUAACCAGAGAAAUUAAUUUACUGUUAAUUCAUAAACAAUUAUGAUAUCGAUCUAUCUAUCUAGAUGUAUAAGACACACAUCACCUUCUUGUGAGUAUUUUGUGCAGAGUAUGUUGUUGCAGGGUAAAGAAUAUGACUGGUGAUGGGUAUGGGUAAGGAAAGGAUAGGAAAUGGGAAAAUUUUUGUUCCCUUGAAGUAUAUGGAGAAAUAGGCAGGGUGAAACAUGCAUACAGGAGAUAUUUGUAAGGUCAAGUUAAUAGUCAGAAUAAGAUUCUACUUUAAAAUUUAUCAAUGAAAAUUGAUUUACACAUUAGCGUUAUACUCAGGGAAAUAAAAUGUGAUGUAAAUAUAUACACUC